AUGGAUUCUGGUAAUAGUGGAAGUAUGUCUUCAAGUGGUGGUGAAGAUCAAGACCAUGAAACCUCACGGCCCGAAUCCCUCCCGGGUUACUUGAAUUCUCCAACCCAAUUCGGUUCUUCCGACCCAAUAUUACACCCUUCUCUCCUUUCUCAUUACCAAAACCACAACCACCAACCCACCACUACCACUACACUUUUUGCUCAUCAUAAUUACAAUUAUGAUCACCACAAUCUCCACACAACAUUGUCUCAUCAAAUACCCCAAUCCAACACUUCAAACCCCAAUUUCAUGCCCGACCCAAGAUCCACCCGACCCAACUCCACCAACCCAAUACCCAACCCACCACCCUCAUCCCACCACCAAGGACCUAGCCGAGCUUCAUCCUCAUCAGCGGCAGCGCAGACCCGAAACUCCAAGAAGAGGACCAGAGCUUCUAGAAGAGCACCAACAACUGUGCUGACCACCGACACAUCCAACUUCCGAGCAAUGGUGCAGGAGUUCACUGGCAUCCCAGCUCCCCCAUUUGCAGCCUCCUCCUCCUCAUCCUCGUCGUUUUCGCGACGGUUCGAUAUGUUUGGCUCUGGAAUGAGAUCUGCUCAUCAUUUGGACACGUUGGGGCCUCUCUACCCUUUGCGUCCCUCAGCUCAAAAGGUCCAGCAACCAACCCCAUUUCUCUCUUCUAAUAAUUCUCCUUCUAAUUCUGCAUUGUUGAUGAUGAGCAAUAGCGGCGGUUUGGUGGAUGCCACUAAUAUUGCUACCACUAGUAACAAUAGCAACAACAAUUUCAACCCAACAACUUACCAAUUGCUAAACCAAGGCCUCUUCCCCAGCAUGCAAAACCCAAUUCUUACAUUUCAACAUGAGCAGCAGCCACAUCCUUUCCACUCUUCUUCAAUGAAUUUGGCCAGCUUUGGGGCAAGGCCUGCUCGGGGAGUGAUUGGUAAUUUAGCCAUGCAUUCAUCUAUUGAGGACCCAUUGGGGGGCAUGAGCCAUGGAUCAUACACAGGCCAGCUUGGUGGUGGUGUUGGUGGAUCAUCCCUGGACAGCAGCCACGUGGCAGCUUCGGAUGGGCACGAUGGCUGGAGGGAUCAUGGAGUUGGAUCAAACGAUGGGAGAUUGUCAUCAGCACUGGAUCAGCAUUUGAGGCCUAAUUUGGACAAGUGCUUGGAGAUGAACAAUGUUAAUUCUAAUACCAGAGGUGAAGGUACAGUUGAGUCUUGGAUUUGUCCUAAUUCUGAGUAG